UUGUUUUCAUGUAAGCUGUGGUAGCCAAAUUUAAUACCUGUACCACAGAUUUGAGUUAUAAUGAGCUAGCUUUCGUGUUGCUGCUAUAACUAACCCAUCACUUAACUCCCUCGUAUCGAACCAUUACUGCAAUAAACUGAAGAUUAUUUCAUAGAGAAAAAAUCCAUAUACAUGACAUCCUCCGCAAGGCUGAUAUUUAAUAUCUCUACUUCACCUCCAUAAGAGGAAGAUUACACCCUGUUUAAGAUAAUUUUUGUGCAAUUAUCUCAACGAAUCAAUUAUUCAACCUUUGUCGACAAAUUGCGUCAAAGCACGUGUUUUAAACUCUAUUUAGAUCUUUGGAUCCUCAAAGGUAAAACAAUUAUUUGAACUCCAGGUGGUGCAGAAUAGGUUGGCCUCGUUAGAACUAUAAAAUGAACAAGAUCGUCAGUUUGAUUUUGCUCAUAUCUUUGACCGCACUUCAUACUGAUGCUAAGAAGACCAAGAAGGAAGAAGUAGAUACACAACAAAAGGCUCUCGAAGAAAGUAAUGAAGCCGAAGAUCCCGAAGCAGGAGCAGCCGAGUUUCCAGGCUUUGCCCUUCGUAUUCCUAUUCCUAAUUUAGGUGCUUUGGCUCACAUACGACAACAAUUGGAAAAUCUCUUCCCCGGACCGAAACAAGCGGACUAUAAACCUGGUAAGACCAAGACAACGACCACCUCGAAGAACUCGACUCAUGGUCCGUUCAAGACAUACAGUGUUACUGAGGAGACUGUGUCCACAGAUAACAAGAGCUCACCUCAUGUCUUGUCAAAGGUUUACAAGUCCAUCACAACCCUUGAUAAGGACAAACUGCCCAAAGGCAAAGAUGGAAAAGUGAAGAUUCCUUCCGCUAUGGAGUUCGAUUUCGGACCUUUUGGACCGCAAUUUCACGAUGAAGGUGGCAAGAAAUGCAGCGCAUCAUCUGAAUGUGGUAAUGUGGAAUACUGUGACGCGUUUUUCGGUGUGUGUAAGAAACGUUUGAGUGAUGGAGCAGCUUGCACUCAGAAAGACCAGUGUGAGGACAAGUAUAGAUGUACCUGGGGUCGCUGUAUAAAGAAUUCCGAGGAGGGUAGUUCAGGCACAUUUUGUGACUCGGACAGUGAUUGCCAUUCUGCGGACGAGGAACUCAGCUGCAGAGAGCAGCCGGAUAUCAGUCGUUACUUCCGUCUGUGUAUGGCCAAGUUAGGAGAAGGAGCUACUUGUGGCCACGCUGGCCUCUUUGAUUUGUUCAGACCAGCUGAGGAGGUGUCGAACUACUGCAAGAAGGGACUCGUGUGCAAGACUGUUGGGUUUUUUGGCCGUAAGGCUUGCAUCCGACCUGAGGAGACAAAGUCCAUCGACGAUGAAGUUUCGAAAAAGGAAAUAAAACCGAGCAAGGCCGGGAAAACAGGCAAGGAAAAGAAAAUAAAGUUUUAAACAACAAUACUCCAAUGGAAGCUACGUUAUGUUAUUAAGAAACUGGACAAGAAAUAAUUGAUUUGUAAAGAUAUUAAGUUGGAUAAAAUAAAGUAAAAAAUUGUAAACUAAAA